AUGACCGAGCCGGAAUUCCGGAUCCGAGAAGGCACUUCCGCCGAUGUGGCAGCCGCCGCCGAGAUCUUCAGGGCCGCCUUCGCCGAUGAUUGGAUCUUCAACAAGAUGCACCCUCACAGGAAAGAACACCCAGAAGACUUUCGAGCAUGGGCGCACCGCUUCUUCUACGCUCGCUACUGGGGCCCCGAGCAGCAGCUGUUCUAUGUCCUCACAGUUCCCGACGCCGCAUCGUCGUCCGGCGAGCGGGUCGUCGCCUUUGCGUGGUGGCGCCGGCCGUACCCCACCGAAGCCGAGAAAUCCGCCCACGAGGGCUGGUUCACCGUCCGCGGCUGGCUCAAGCCCGUGCUUCUCGGCAUCAACUCCUUGGCGGGUUAUCUGUGGCCUCCAAAGUCGAGGAAUUUGGACAUGAUCGAUGCCUUUGACGACUCGCACAUCGCCAGUGACCCCUUGAUCAAUGACCCGGAGCACCCCAAGCGGAAGACGGCAUGGUAUCUAUCGACGCUGGGCGUUCUGCCCGAGUGUCAGGGCAAGGGCUACGGGUCGCUUCUCGUCAGGCACAGUCUGCGCCGCGUUGACGAGGAGGGCGUGCCGGCGUGGCUUAUUGGUCUUAAGGGCGUGGAGCCGUUUUACGAGAGGUUGGGUUUUGAGGUGAAGGGGCGGGCGAACGUUGGGCGGCUGGCGGACUGGGACGGGGGUUCUAUCAUGUUCAAGGAGUGA